AUGAUAUGUGCUCCUAUAGAAUCAAAUCCAAUUAAUGUAACUUAUCGUACAUCAUCAAUGUUCACAGCAAUCAUUACUUACGACUGUCCUUCUAUGGACUUAUCUAGUUUAGAAAUACACAAUAAAACACCAGCGAAUUGUUCUCACACUGAAGGUUUUUCAAACGAUGAUUCAACUAGCAACGUUAAAGUUACAUGUCACAGUAUUGAAAAUAAGGCUGGUCGAAACUUCGAAUUCGUUCUCAGUCAACAUGAACGUAAUCAAUUUAUUAACACGACUACUUUUAUUGUUACACUUGCACCAUUAUUUCUUAACAUUUCGGCAAAUAUCACUAUAACAGUCGAUACAAAUCUAACAUCAGCAUUAAUUUCAGUAUCGGAUUGCGAGGAAAUAGCUGAACCAGACAAACUCAUGUUUGAAUGUGAUAGUUCCAAUGAAUUGAAUGGGUCUCGUUCAACAAACUGCACAUACAUAUGUGUCGGUGUACAACCGGGUUCUUUUUAUCAAGCAUCAUUGAUUCGAUUGAACAUUACACAAAUUGACAACAAUGAAACGUUUCCACAAGAAAUUAAAACUAAAACCUAUCACAUAGAUCUUGAUAAAGUAACAAAUUUGGCUUUACAUAAAUAUUUGACGAGUAAUGGAACAGCAGUGAUUCAUUUCACUCUUCCACGUGGACAUUAUGAUAAACUUAGUUUUGAUUGUAAUGCACAAGAUCAAUGUUGUAACGAAUCUGCUCAGAGUCUUACCAAUAACAUUAUAAACUGUUCCAGCUGCAAUGCCAUUUCGAUACCUGAAGUAGUUCAAGGAGUUGAAUACAUAUGUCAAGCUUCGACUAUGAAAGCAGAUUUCGAAAAUGUUACAUCGGAUAAAUUCCGGUUUAACACAAGUUUAGCACCUGUAUUGUACAAUGGACCGAACACCUCUAAUACAAGUCAUAUUAAUUUCAUUGUUACUCGUCAAAGUGAUUUUAAGAAUAUUAUAACACAAUGUGAAGUAGCUGGUGAUCAGUCAUCUUCUUGUCCUCAUAUUAUGGUUGAACAUGAUGAUUGCUCUACAAUUUUGCAACUGAAUGGAACUCGUGGAUGUGAUUAUGAAUGACCUAAAAUACCAACUGAUAAUGAGGUGACGAAUAAUAUUGCUCCACAAGAAAAUCAUCCGCAAUCAACAAGCACUCAGUUUGUUAUUAAUAUAAACCCAUUAUUAUUUUCUCCUGACAAUGGUAUUAUAGAAAAAUAUUUAAUUUAUGUUCGUCAAGAUCAAAGUAAUACUAUGCCAGAAAUAAUUUUGAAUGGAACAUAUGUUGAAGCUUGGAAUAAUGCAUCAUUCGAUUAUUUGGCUGUCGAAAUUCCAAUCAGUUCUUCAUCAAAGAAUUUAGUAACAAAUGAUAGCAAUAUCAGUGUAUUACUUGGUAAUCAAACAAUAUGUUUAAAUACGUCUGUAAAAUCUACUCCAUGCAAUGGUCCAUUAAAACCGUCGACAACCUAUAAAUUGAUUGUGAGUGGCUGUACAGUUGCUGGUUGUACUUCUGUGCUUUCCAAACAAUUUAUAACACAGAGUAAGUCAUAUUUACGUUUUUGUCUCUUGAUGCCUAUUAAAAUUGAUCAUAUUAAAGAAAUAGCAGCGCCACCAGACAAAUCAGGAUCGUCGAAAGCAUGGGUUGUUAUAUUUCCCCUGUUGGUUCUUGCUAUUGCUGCUGGACUAGCUGUAUGGAAACGCGAACCACUUAAACAAAUGAUUAAGAACAAUAUUAAAAAGGACAAAAAGAGUUUAGAAGAUGUUCGUAAAUCAUCAAUAUCAUUAUCAGCAAUAUAUACGGCUCCUAUGAAGAAACCAAAACCACUUUCUCAAUAUAUUAAUAUGACGAACGAAGAUGAAAAAGCAAUAUUUGCCGAAUAUCAAGAAUUGGAUAGUACCUCUCCACAAUACCGUCUAUCAGAAUAUGAACCUGAACAUGAAGGAUUAGAUCGAUAUUCUAACAUUCUUGCUCGAGGACCUUGGGAACGCACAGCUGUUCGACUAAGUGGUUCUCAUCGUAUUUAUGAUUAUAUCAAUGCAAAUGAAAUAAAAGGAUUCAACAGUAAUAAACAAUAUAUAGCUUGUCAAGGUCCAUUAGAAAAUACUUGUGAAGAUUUUUGGGACAUGAUUAUUCAAUAUGAUGUAAAGAAAAUAGUCAUGUUAACAAGAACAGAAGAACGAAAUCCUCAUAAUCCUUCACAAACAUUAUCAAAAUGUUAUCGUUAUUUUCCUGAUAACAAAGGACAAUUAAUAAAAUUCAAUAGAAUAUCUGUUCAAGUGAUCGAUGUUGAAUUUGAAAGAAAUGUAGAUCUUGAAAUUCGUUAUUUACUUAUUAAAGCUGAUAAUAACGAAUAUCGUGUAUUUCAUUAUUAUUUUACUGGUUGGCCAGAUUUUAGUGUUGUUGAACCACAAAAAUUACUUGAUCUCAUUCAAACUAUUAAUAAACAUGAACAAAAUCAAUUUAUUUCAGCUAGAAAAUCGAAAGACCCUGUAUUAGUACCGAUAGUUGUUCAUUGCAGUGCUGGUGUUGGUCGAACAGGUACUUAUAUAGCAGUAGAUACCAUUAUGCGUUCCAUUGAUCGAGAACAGAACAAUUUAUUAACAAUGCAACUUGAUGUUAUGGGUAUUGUUUAUCAAUUACGACAAGAUAGAGGAAAAAUGGUACAAACGAAGGAUGAUACAAAUUCAACAAAUAAUGUUAUUCAAACAAUUAAAUUUGCUUGUGAAUUAUCACCUGAAUUACGAAAAAUAUCAGAACAAACUUUAUUUCGUACAAUGAUUGAUCUUAAAGAUUUAACAAUGAUAAAAGCUUAUGCAGAAGCUUAUAAUAAAAUUGUAAAUAAUAUUUUAUUACGUAAUAAAAAUAAUUUACAAAUACGAAAUCAUUCUAAACGUCAAAAAAUUUGUUCACAUAUAACUCGUGAAUUUCUUCAUUUUAUUUUAAAAUUAUCUUCUCAAAAAGAUAAUCUAAUACAAAAUGAAUAUUCAUUUGAAUUAAUUGAUGAAUUAUUUAGAAAAUUUUCUUUACGAUCAGAUGAUAUAUUUAUUCAUCUUGGUUGUGCUUAUGGUCAUGUACCAUUACAAAUAGCAGCUAUGUUAUCAUGUAAAAAAUCAAUUGGAAUUGAAAAUAAUUCAGAUUUAUAUCAUUCAGCUAAAUUAUUCGAAAAAGAAUUUUCUUUUUGGAUGAAAUGGUUUGGAAAAACUUAUAGUGAUUUUCAAAUAAUUCAAGGAGAUUUUUUUCAUGAAAAUUUUCGAUCAAUACUUAAAUCUGGAAAUCUAAUUUUUGUUAAUAAUAAAUCAUUUUCAAAUGAUAAAAAUCAAAAUUUAAAAUUACGUUUUUAUGAUUUACAAAGUGAUUGUCGAAUAAUUUCAACACAACCAUUUGGUGAACCAAAUAGUCGUGUAACUGCACGAAAUAUUAAUGAUAUUGAUUCAAUUAUGUCUCUUGUUUCAAUUGAAGAUUUAAAAACAAAUUCACCAUUAAAAUUUUAUUUACAAACUAUUGAUUAUUCACGAAUUGAAAAAUAUUUUGAUGGAAUUCAUCGAAAACGAAAAUCAGAUCUUUGUCAAACUUUAUUCAAUGUUCAAGUUUCAUCAUCUUUACAUCUUCAAACUAUUUCCAAUGAUAUAAAUUCAUCGAAGAAACGAUUCAAAAAGAAACGACAAACAAGAUUUAUUCUUGAUAAUGAAUAA